CAAGGCUUCUCCAACAGCAUGGUCAUGGAUUCGAACGGUUUAUGCGACCGCUGAAACGCAUUCAAUUUUGCAGCAGUUGGCUUCUAUAGAUCUGAUCGUCCUAUACAUCUAAGACCUCAUGUUUAUGGCUUAAGAGACCAUACUCUUGACGAAAUCUUGCAAAUUUGGAGCAGUGCAUUUUGUGAAGAAAGGUUGCUGAAUUCUUUAGUGAAUGGAACCUCCGAUAGCGACCGCUGGCAAGUUCCAAUCUUGAGAACGUCAAUGUUCAGGUAGUGUUGUAUCCUUUAGAAAGCUCAGACGGGAAGGCCAGGUGACUGGAGGUCUCGGAGAAAAGUAUAUUUGGGUUGAUUGUCUCUGCAUCAUGCAAGAUGAUGAUGCCGACAAACUGAAGUUUUUCCUCAAAUGGACUCGAUCUUUGGAUUUGCAUCCGUCAAAAACGUUGCAGCUGGGGGAAAAGAUGCAAAUGCAGGUCUUCCCGGUAUCAAACCAGGUUCACGAACCCGCGAACAAAUACCUUUCACGGUCAGGGACGUGUUAUUAUGGCAAACACUGGGUCCAGAGGGGUCUGACCAGUCUUAUGAAUUUCUAGAAGAGAGGCUACCUUCCUAUGUAGUAGAGUUUGAGUGGUACAGGCGAGGUUGGACUUUCCAAGAAAUGCUUACCUCUGGGAGGGCAUUGAUAUUCACCAAAGGAACAAAAGUACUGGCAGUGCCAGAAAGUCUCAUGGCGUGAAGACGGCCAUUGGGAGACCACUAAGGCUCCAACUAUUUAUCGUCACUGCUUUUCUAGUACAGAACUCCGCCAUCCUUGGACUUCAGAUGUGAAAACCAUUGUUUUUUGAAGGAUGUGAGGUCAAGUAAGCCACUGGAGUUGCAGGAACAGCUCCUGCGACAAUUGGCUUGAAAUGACCUAGAGAUCAGUAGUACCGGGAUUUCCUACGGAGGUUUGAUGCCUUGAGGUGUGUAAGAGUUCUCCUCGAUGUUGACGACAUAGACGAUGUAGGCCAGUUCGAGAAUCUGGUUCCAGCCAUCGAAAUGCUUGGGUCUGGCAGUCGAAUGGUGAUUACAUCACGGAAUCGAGAAGCAUUGACACUUGCAACGAGACCAGCAGUCUGCAAGGACGUGUACGAAGUAAAGAUGCUCAACUGCAGUGGUUCCAGAGACCUUUUCAACUGGCAUGCAUUCUUGAGCGAGACUCCAAGCGAAUGCUUUAGUGAUUCAGCGGCAGCAGUUGCAGACGCUUGUGGUGGACAUCCACUGGCGCUGAAACUGAUGGGGUGUAUGUUGUCCAAUAUUCUAGACCCUGGCGAAAGAGAAAUUGGGAAGGAGGCAAUUUGAAAGAGAAUAAAACUCUUUCUGACAAACUGCUCAUCAGCUACGAUUGUCUAGGAGAUCGAAAAAAAGCGAUUUUCCGAGAAAAAGCCUACCUGAUGGAAGGCUUGCUUGAGGACGUAGCUGUGGCCAUUUGGAGGUCAUGCGAGCGAUGCAGCCCUAGUUAUUGCUCUACUUCCUAAUUCCGUGGUUCAUCCUUGCACGAGCUGGAGGACAGGUCAUUAGUGAAAGUGGAAUUUGGCAGGUUAAGUAUGCAUGAUUUGCUUCGUGACAUGGGGAGAAAUAUUGUUAGACGCAAGACACGAAGUCCGAGGAGACAACGCGCUUGUGGGAUUCUAUUAGUCUCAAAGAUACUGAAAAAAAACAAGGUGUGUUUGUGCAAUCGAUUAAUGAUCGUCAUUCUUGAUGGACUGUUUCCAAUGCCUUGCCCAUUUUUAGGAGGUUUGUGUGAUGCGAAGUUUGGUUUGUUUUGUUGCAUUGUUCAUAUAGUACCAUCAAUCUAUGCUAGCUGGGUCCUUUCUUGCACGCAAACAACCUUAGGGCUGCGUAUUUACAAGGGCUUGGGAUGCUGGAAGUUCAUUAAAAUAUUGGUGCUUGCACAACAUUGUUUGAAAGACUUGAUGGAUUGCAACGAUGGCAUAUUUCUUAAUUCCACAAGCUCUGCAAUUUGGCAUUUGCGUUGUAGCAUAGCUGGUUAUGAAGUUGCAAUAAGGUUUUUUUAGAAAAGAAUGCUGGUUAUGGCUGCCAUUGAUUUGCAUUGGUGAAUAUCGUACCAUGUACAUGGCGCAAAAUGUGUUCAAGGCAUCAAUCUCUCUGGAAGCAGAAGUAUUGAUGUGCCAUGUGAAGCUUCGAAAUUUGCGGGCAUGGAAGAAUUGCACAUUCUGGUACUAUACGCUUUCAAUAUAGAGCUAGAUGACUUAUCGAAGUGGCCCCAAUGGCGCCAAGAACUUAGGUGGCUCUGAUGGGAGUCGCUCCAUUGUAAAAACUUACCUUCGGACUUGAAGCUUCUUUAAUUGACUAUGCUGGAUCUUAGCCAUAACUACAAGUUAACUCGCCUUUGACAAGAUGAUGCUAAUAUCCAGGCGGGGAAGGAAAAGAAAGAAGGGCGGAAGGACGAGUGGCGCAAGCGGAGGGGACCCGGACGGACCCGGGCGGGGACCGGCGUGGCACAGGCUAAAAACGCGUCUGCAAAAGCGUACAUUGAUUGGAUCUAGCCUUCCUCCCCACUUGGCAUGUGACCAUGUUGAUUCUGUUUUUAGGCCAAGUGUAAUGCAAGGAUCCCACUUGGAGGACAGUCGGCAGGAUCCGUAUCGGCUGACUCAUGGCUGUCUAUCAUGAAAUUGUCUGUACACUACCAUUUUAUUGCAAAAAUGUCUGUAGCUUCUGAUAGAAUCGUCAAUGAACAGGAUUUGCCAUGAAUUAUGCAUUUUCACUACUUCAGGUGACCACUGAGUCCCAUUUGCUCCAUUCUCAAAGCAGGCUUACGGUCCGUUCGCACUUUGGGAUUGGAGCGGUCAGUGGUGUCAGUAUGGUGAAUGUAGUCUUUCUCAUUUGCCAAUAGACCUUUUUAACUUUGUCCUCGGCUCUCCUUCGUUGAACCUCUGCCGUGGUGGUGGGGUCGUGUGAGCCAAAACUUGUUGCCGCAGCUCUUGUGCGGCAGAGUUGGGGCAUCGCAAUGAAAGAGAUACUCAGAUAUUUCUUGUUUGAAACUUGCAAAUUGUAAAACGUUGAGGUGACCGCUGAUCUCUUCCGUUGGAAGCAUUUGUAUGGGUGGUUUUCCUUGCCGACAGUCGGGGAUUUGGGAGGCAGAACUUGACGGGAAGCUCCUUUGGAAGGGUUGAAAACGAUCGAAACUUCUUGUUAAGAUGACCAUAUUAGGGAUGCAGUUUUCGAAGGCUUCAAGCUGAACAGGCCUUCAUUCGAGAUGGCGAACGCAAUGUCUGAGAGUAUGGGAGAUGAGCGAUUCAUCGUCAACGUGAGUGCUGGAUUGGCUCUCUAUGGUGUAGUAGUUGGUCGAGAUGAUCAAAAACUUGAAAAACCCAGAAGGCAGGUCCUUCGUAUGCCUGCUGACUGCAAACUGAAGGCCCCAUGUCAGGAAUAUAUUGUUCGAAGCGGACUAGUUACCGAUUUUUCAACAAGUGAUCGGUUCUUUGAGACUGUGAGCGUGUCUGGCUGGAGUGUUGCUCUUAAAGUGGCUGCGCUGGGUGAUUUGGGCUUUCUUGCUGGAGGUGAGAUUGGUGUGAAUGGAGCAGCCCAAAAGCUAUCAAAGCUUGGAGAGAUUUCCAGAGGGUUUAGGAAGGAGGUGUGGAAAAUGGAAUGUCAUUACGUUCCUCGAGCUUCCUUUCGGAUUCAUAACUCACAGAUGUGUCUUAGCGAAGAGGCUUUAGAAGACGUUCGUCAUUUACGGACACUGGGACAAGCAAAAGCGUUUCUUCACACUUACGGAUCCCAUGUUCCUGAUCGUGAGUAUCAUGUUGGAGGGAUUUUGCUGCGUGGUGCGGGUGUAAGGUCAAGUGGUGGUACUGAGCUUUCGACCCUCAUCGAAACUGCAAGCCGACAGCUGCCUAGGAUUACGGCCAGCAUUUUUAUGUCUCAGGUGGGUGGAGCCAAAGCAAGUGGUAGUGCCGAAAAGUUGCAAGCAAGCACAACAUGGCGCAAGGAUGAGUUUUCUGACCUGUAUAUGAGAGAGUACGUCAGAGCCUUGGGCCCCUCUACUGCUGAUGAUGAUGAAUUUGUGCAAAAGCUCGCUUCAGAUAGAUCCAACUGGUUCAUCAUCGACAUCAAUGAAGAUGCAGUCCUUCUACCAAUCUGGGAUAUCGUGGGAAAGGAAGCCAAGGGCCGCGACCUUCAAAGUCAGAUGAAACUUCUCCACACAGCUUGGCAAAUAUCAUGCUCACUUGGUUUGUAUUGCGAUUCGAAGAUUUCGCCCGAGUUGAUAGAUGAAUUAAAAUGCACGAAGAAAGAACAGUUGCUUCAGCAGAUGCAAUGUUGCGUGCUUGCGGAGUUGUACGGGGAUGAGGCUUCUGUUCCUGAGGCGCAUUCGCUGCAGCCACUCGAUAUUGCGAAAAAACUACGUAAAAUACACCUUUCAGCAACCUCCAGCGAUGUUUUUAAGAAAGUGGAGCACAAUGUUGGAGCACUGCUGUUUAAUGUUCCAGCGUUUGAAGAACUGGUGACUUAUGUUGCACAGUCAACUGUGGAAGGCAUGCACACAGCAAAGCGAGUGUUAGGAACGAUUCUAAGUACAGAUUUACAGCAGGCGCUGAAAGAGGAAGGGAUUACUUUGUCUAGGACAAUCCGGGAAAUGCUUGAAUUGCAAGACAAGCACGAAGAAUUUUCCCCCUUGGAAGUGGCAGUACCACCUGCUGAUCUGCCUCGCAAGCUUAAAGGCAUUGUUGAAAAUUUUCUAUCAUCGCCGGAAGACACAUCUUAUCAUGCACCUUUCAGUGAAGCUGUAGAAAAGGUCAUCAAAGCGUGCAUAAGUAAAUAUCGUUGUGAGAAAGUCGAAAAGGUGGUCAAGAGCUAUGGCUUCAAUGGGCAAGGGAUUUUCACAGGUCAUUCCUUGACAAAGCGGCAUGUCAAGGCUAUGAUUGAAGAUCUCGUUGAGAGUCUCCAACAACAACCAAACCAGCCGGUGCAAUUGCCCACUCCAGGUCUUAAACACUCAGAGGCACCUUACCUAUGGCCCUCCAAAAGUUGUUACUCAUAUAAUGGCGAUAUAGUUGUUGACCGGUCUUUAGAGAGAAACGAUGUUCAUGAAAAAAUGAUUGAUUGUAUAAGACACAGGGUUGAUCCAUUCUCUCCUCCCGUUACAAUUGUAGAAGGUGCCUUUGAUUUUUCAGGCAAUUGGGGUGAAGACGAUGCUGGAUUUGGUGAAGAUAGCUCCGGCUUUGACACCUCUCAAUCUGGCAUUUCAUCUCCCUUCCUCUUGUUGGUGCAAAUCAUGAGGAAAUCAGAUCUAACUUUUCAAAUGGCUUUGAACAAGCUGUUGCUGGAACAGAGGAUUGCGGGCUUCGGCGGUGUAUGCUUACUCUGAUUUCCCAAAAUGCAUCUUCUUAUUCACCUCCUACGAUGAUAACGCUAUAAUGGAGUUGAAGGACGGGGCGAUAUGGUGUAGGGCAGAGUUGAAUUUCAUCUCUCAGCUGAUGUGAGUCUUUUUUCUAUCAUUUAGUUUGCAACCCAUUCUUUUUACUCUGUUUUACAGUAAUUAUAUUGGAGAUUAUGCUAUGCUGACUCUGAAGCUGUUCAUUUUCGAA